AUAUUACGAAAUUCAAUCGGAAAAAAUUGAGGUCCUCUGGAGUACUUCACUUGUCGACACUUCAUGCAUCUGUAUCUCAACUGAACCAAGCAGCGGCCCAGCUUCGCGCCCCCACACUCCUGAAUUGCUCGAUAAAAACGGGCAAGAACGACACGACCCUGCAGCGGCGACAACACUCUAUAACUCUCCCAUCGUGUACAGGAAUUGCAAUAGCAGAAAUAUAUCAGAGUCUUCUUCUGAUUUUGGACCCGAGGAUUUGUCCUUACAAGAAUGUGAUUCCAGAAACACAGUGAAAGACGAGUCAAAUUUUACAUAUAAACAGAAAAUUGCAGGAGACCAAGCAAACCCACAGCGGUCCUUUGAAGACCAAACAAAAGUGGGAUUUUUUGCAAACAAACCACAUUUUGUUGAAGAAAAAUUCACUGACGGUCACUUGAAUAACGUCGGUCGUGAACAAAGCUCAAUUGAAAGCCGAGCUCAAGUUGAGAUCGAGAAUUCGAGUCGAGCUGAGACCGAGAACUCAAGUUCUCUCGACAGGCAGGAGAAGGAAGAGCAGGAGAAAGCCCUCGAACUGCACAUCCAGCAGCAGAUCCUGCGACACCAGCAGGAGUUCCAGCGGCACCAUCACAAGCGCCAGUUGUCUGCUGGAGGAUCAUCUUCGACCAGGACUCAGAGACGGCCUAUAGAGCGCGCGUGGCGGUCUCUGUCUAGACCCUCCUUGCCUGCACCACGCGCCAGCAACGCUGAGCUGCGCCAGCUCACUGACUUCGCUCUUGAUGAUCCCGCUGAGAUAGCUGCCUUCAUUGCCACCCUCAGGAAGGAACGGUCCCGACUGUUACAAGAGAUCGAGAGCGAGGAGUCUGAGCGUGGCCUCUACAACGAGCAACUCGACGCCCUCACCGACCGUCUCGCCGAGCUCGCUGCUGCCGGCAGACAUCAGAGCUCCGAGGCGCGGAGUGUGGAGGGUGAGGUGAGACGUCUGCGAGAAGCUGGUCAACAUCGACUUGGUUCUCCAUGUUCAGCUUCACGUCGCCGCCACCAUCGUCUGCAUGCCAUCAACACCAUCGAGAAAACCAUCCAGCGGCUCAAUCAUUUGCCACCAGCAGACAUCAUCCAGAGACCAGGUGUUGCUGAGCACCAGCUGUCCCAGUCAGAGGUGAACGCGUAUGAUCGCGGCUACGCCGACCGACGCGGUUCCGUGCGUUGUAACACUACAGACUCGCAAAGCACUGGCUUUAGUAGACUCACAACGUCCGACGGCUACCAAAACUUUCUAGGUAAUUUCGACAACAAUCGUCAGUCUGGGACUCGGUACUCGGACUUAUCAGCCACAAGCGGUGAACUCACCAGCAGCGUUUGUAGUGUCUUUGAUGUCAGCGGCCCUUCUCCUUUUGGGCCCACAUUCCAAGUUCCGAACUCACGAAGGUCUCCUAAAAAAUCAUCGGAGUAUAUCACAUCUCGUUCUAAUUAUCUUCAGAAUUUGAGUCUGUCAGAGGCUGCGCAUUGUUCUGAUAACAAACCAGCUUAUUCUUCUAAGUCUUCAAGCAGCUGCGGUACAGCUGCAGGGACUUGGUACGAACAAUUGCAAGAUCGAAUACCGCAACCUUCGCAACUAUUAUAUCAGUCAAACGCUCGCCAGGCCUCUAAUGUAAGCCGCUACGCCCCUACGAAUACAACUGGUAUGGACAUAGCGAAUGCUAACACAAUGUUUGACGGUGGAGUAUCUACAGCAGACGAGGUGUCUGACAUACCUUCCUCGAGCAGCACACUGGCCGAGAGACAACGUGUCUCUUCUAUGGAGCCCGACAGUCUCGAUUCUGGUGUCGAUCAGAGAGGCCAUUCCUUGGCAUACGAAAACGGUGGUGAAUCUCACACAUACGAUGAUGCCAAUGGAGGACGUUACCCAAAUGGCGAUCAUAACGGGACACAUGGGGAUGAAAAUUAUGGCAACGAGGAUGAUGCACCUAAAUUGCCGUCCGCCAUAGAAGCCGUAUUGCGAGGCGUGUGGCCUUUUAACAAAGCUUUAUGGCACUCGAGUCCUGCGACUGUUGGCCUGUCGCACACCAACGGCACACAAAUUGAUCCUCCAGGCAUCAUGGCGACGUCAAGCGUGACCAGCCGACGAGCCCAGAGCCAACAACAGCUCCUGAGCAACAAAGUGGAGAUGGUGUACGGCCUCCUGUCCAUGUUCUCCUCAGGUGACCGCGCCGAGAUGAGCAAGACAUUGCUGGCGAUGUCAUCUUCACCGGACUCGUGCCUGGCGCUGCGCCAGUCCGGGUGUUUGCCUCUGCUGAUACAACUCUUACAUGGCGGCGGUGACGGCAGCGACGUGCCGUCUCGUGAGACGAGACUUAGAGCCUCACAAGCGCUGCAGAACGUCGUGCAUGCCAACACUGAUGAGAAAAGGAGCAGAAGGGAAGCCAGGGUAUUGCGUUUACUGGAACAAAUCCGCGCGUAUUGCGACUACUUAUACGAGCGUCUGGAACGCACGAGUGCCGGUCAGGGACCGUUGCUGGAGGAUGACAUGGACAGACAUCCAUGUCCUGCCAUGGCAGCCGUCAUGAAGCUUUCUUUUGACGAGGAGCACCGGCUCGCCAUGUGCACCCUGGGAGGACUGCACGCUAUUGCCGAGCUCAUCAAGAGAGACCACGACGCACACGGCGCUACCACGCCCGAUAACUUCUGCAUCACACUGCGCAGGUACGCGGGUAUGGCGCUCACGAACCUGACGUUCGGUGCAGGCAGCAACAAGGCGCUUGUCUGUUCCUUCUCGUCCUUCCUGCGCGCGCUCGUGGCGCAGCUCAGCUCACCCAGCCAGGACCUCAGACAAGUGACGUCAUCAGUGAUCCGUAACUUGUCGUGGCGCGCGGACAGCGGCAGCAAGCAGGCCCUGCGCGAGGCAGGGGCUGUGGCAGGACUGAUGCGUGCCGCCCUUACCGCCACCAAGGAGGCCACACUUAAAGUUAUCCUCUCUGCCGUAUGGAACCUGUCGGCGCACUGCUCUGUUAAUAAGGCCGAGAUAUGUGCUGUAGAUGGAGCACUUGCCUUCAUCUGUACGUCACUUACAUACAAAAGCCAGUCACGCACGCUUGCCAUCGUCGAGAACGCGGGUGGUAUCUUACGCAACAUCUCCAGCCAUGUCGCCGUGCGGGAAGACCUCAGGCAAGUUUUGCGGGACCACGACACCCUCCGCGUCAUCCUAAGCCAGUUGCGCUCACCGAGCCUGACGGUCGUAAGCAACGCAUGCGGGACUCUCUGGAACUUGUCGGCGCGGUGCCCUCGGGACCAGCAGACUUUGUGGGAGCUUGGGGCUGUACCCAUGUUGCGCUCCCUCAUCAAUUCCAAACACAAGAUGAUAUCGAUGGGAUCCAGUGCAGCCCUCAAGAAUCUCUUGCAAGCCAAGCCCGAGGGCAUCAAUAUCGGCGAUAGCGAGCACGGCGCCCGACUCCCGACGCUGCAUGCGAGGCGACAACGGGCUCUCGAACAAGAACUUGAUCCCACCCUUGCCGAGACCUGUGAUAAUAUCGAGUCUUCGCCGAGGGCGAGUCCUACUACAGAUAAUGGAGGGUUCUUCGCUGCGGACGGCUUUAAUGGACGUCCUAUGUUCCAUUCACUAGACCCACGCUACGGUAAUCCAUUGGGUAUGUCCGACUCUGUCCAGUCUAACCAUUCGACGCAAUCCGAUAACACGCAUGACCGCAUGCAGCAUUUGUUGUCACGUCAGCAGCAGCAGGUAGACGGCUCGUGUAACGGACACCGACCUAUUGAAUUAGCGCUUAAAAACGUCAACUCUCAUAGCGGGGAAAAUAAUGUUGCCAAAAUGGACGGAGCUGCGCCAGGUUCUUCCUCUGAACGCAUCAGCUCCGGGACUAAUAGCGUCAAAGGAGCCCUACAUCCGUCCGAUCCCUUAUACAACCUGUACAACAAAUACGUCAACCCCAAUAGAGGUUCAGCCAGGAAAGACUCCAAAAAUGGCAAGGCGCACGGGCCCAAUGAAUCUAGAUCUUCAGAAGACGAAGAUCGAGGAGGAUCUUCGUCAAACUUGACGAAUGGAUCUCGCCGACCUGCCGUUAAAGUUGAUAAUUACGUCACUGACCCGACGGCAAGCAAUGAAAAUGACGGACAACCAACGGAUUUCAGUUUGCGAUAUCCUGAAGAAGACGAGGCUAACAAGAACAGACCUCAGAAGAAGCAAAUGAGAAGCGGCAGCGCCAACGAUGACGAUGAAGAAGAAGAGUUCCUAGGCGCAGCAGACUCAGUGCAGACUUACUUCACUGAGGGAACUCCGCUGAACUUCUCGACUGCCACGUCCCUCACUGACCUCAGGGAGCAGCCGGGCGUGAGGGACUCGAGGCUCGAUACCCAGCAGGAGGUCGACGUCGAGGAGGAGGAGGGCGACAAGGAGGACGACGCUGCCAUCGAGGACGGCCGCUUGUCGCGCUUCUCGUCCAUGUCGUCCAUCUCGAGCGGCGAGAUCAGUGCCGUCCACGAAGAGGAGCUGGAGGAAGACUCGGACCUGCAGGAGUUGGUGCUGGCGGAGGGCGAGCGCGUGGCGGCGGCCGCUGCCAAGGCCGCUCAGCAGGCCUCGCCUCAGCACUCUGCUGCUGACACGCCUGCACCUCAUAUGCACCAUGAACAAGACUGGUCAGCAGGCGCGACGCCGCUGAUGUUCUCACGCACGACGUCGCUGGGGUCGCUGAGCAGCUGCCCUGCACCGCUGCCCCAGCACCUCGACGACGCUGGCUCCGUCCUGUCUGAGUUCAGUCGCCUGGCGAGCGGUGCCGUGUCUCCCAGCGACCUCCCGGACUCCCCCAGCCAGACGAUGCCCCCCAGCCCCCGCACCCUCACCCACCGCCCACCCACACAUACAAACCAAGUGAACAAUUCGCUGGGAGUUUUCAACGACUCCCCGCGACAGUUCCGUGAGGAAGGCACUCCCUGUCACCUGUCACGGGGUACAUCCCUGUCUUCCCUCACCCUAGACGACAGUAUCAUCUCAUCCCAACCUCCCUUCGCUACCAGCCGAGCGAGAGGCGAUGGCAAAGACAGCAGCAACAACACCAGCACCAACACAAGCACUUGCAACAACACCAGCACCAACACAAGCACUUUCAACAACCUCAAUACCAGCACAAAACUCAACAAUUCCAGCACUGGUGCUAGAAAUAACGCAAGUAAAAGCGUUACGCCGCGUACGUCGUCCAUACCGCGGCCACAGUGUCUGGGACAGAAGUGCUUGUCUGCAUACAGACGCUCGAGCGACGCGAAGACUCCGGUGCGCGCGGUCAGCCGCAGCUCCUCCUUCGUCAAGUCCCCUCGCACUCCCCUCGGGGCACCUCCCAUCCCCAUCCCUCCACCACCCCCUCCCCCCAGGCUUAGUGGCAGUGGGGAUGAGUCCUGGGGAGUGAGCAGGGUCUCCAACAUCCCCAUCAACACUGUCAACUUGCAAGUUACUACGACCACCCUCAACCUGGGACAACAGAACGAAAGCGUGGCCGGCGACACACUGCACUCCUACUGCACCGAAGACACGCCAGCAGCUUUGUCUCAGGCGGGCAGCAUGUCCGACUUGUCUAACAUGAGCCUGGAGGUGCGUAGUUCUGGAGGCGUUAGAGGCGCUGGGCGUCGGCCCUUCGGUCCCUCCCAUGGGCUGCUCCUGCAAGGGGACAGCACCGACUCCUCUGACGCUGAAGGCAUGCUCAAUAGAUGCAUUCAGGCCGCCAUGCCAAAGCUGAAGUCGAUAAAAGGGAAGCCACCUUCUCCCCGCUACAACUACGGGAUUCCUCGCAGCUCGCAACCCAGCAAGCUGCCCUCGGGUCUCCCUCUCUCUCCCUCGAGUGCGUCUGCCCCAGGCAUGCCCUCGGCUCUGCCUAGGAAAGGUUCAACAGGCUCGUCGCCUCACGCAUCGCCUCGGCAUCGCCCUGUUCCUAUAGCCAGGGUGUCUCCUGCCUUCAAACUCAUUCCAUCAGAGCGUCCUGUGAACACUUCUCAGAUCAAGCCGCUCGUUAACGACUCGGCAAUGAAGGACUACAACGGCGAGGAGGUCAAGAACUGGGGAGCCGUUGAGGGAACUCCGAUUGGCUGUUCCAACGCCACAUCGCUCAGCGAUCUCACUGUCGAUUCGUGCGAGCAAGAGGAUCACCGGAAAAAUCAGGCCAGCUCUGGCCGUACUGAACGUGUGCAGCGAUACGCAACUGAAGGGACCCCUGCCAAUCUCUCGCGUUGUGAUUCGCUCAGCUCCUUGUCCUGUGAUGAUGAUGGAGGCCAAUUGACCAGCCGACUUGCGGAUGCUUCGCAGCGUCGCACAAAUCAACAGGUUUUGGCGAUGCAGUCCAACGUGAGCUCUGAAGAAGUGCCACGGCCCUUUAAUGUGGAAGACACUCCUGCGGUUCUAUCAAGAAGAUCAUCUCUGAGUUCCAUUGAAGGCGUGAAUGGUGAGACCUCAAGAGUAGCCAAGCGCGGUCAGUCUGAUGCUAAUGCGCCUCGAAACUUUGGAGUUGAGGACACACCCUGCUGUUUCUCUCGUAACUCUUCACUGAGUUCGCUUUCGGUUGAGUCUUAUCCCGAGGAAACUACACCCAGCGAACAGGCGCUGCUUCAACAUUGCAUUAACCAGGGCAUGCCUCGCAGUGAACAGCGGACGUCGCGAGGUAAUGUAGGCCGGGGAAACAAGCGUGGUAAAUCUGGCUCCCGCAUCCCCGGCCUGGCUCACUCUCCUGGUCGAUCGCCUGGCCGUUCUCCAGGCCGCUCCAACAUCCCCAGCGUCCCUAUGCAGCGGCUGCGACUUGCUCCCGCUGCUCCUACAAACGCCACCUAUACAAAUGGGGCCGUAUUUCCCAAUGAAGCGGAAAGUUCCAAAUUGAGAACCGAUUUGGAACAGACUGAGAAGAGUCAGCUCAGCUCUUCAGCACCUAUCGCCAAAGCAUAUGAAAAUGAAUCCAGCAUAAUCGACGAUAUAACUGAAAUGGCUGAACCUAACUCUGAAGCAAUUACAGCCCCCAUUGCCGAGGUUGUGCCUAGAUCUGGCUCUUCUAAAUCAUCACCAGAAGAUCGUCUGCAAUCGUCAAGUGACGACGCCCGUGUGUCCCUGAGCAGAACCAUUGCCAACGGCCACGGAGUUUGUUCUGACGUAUCUAUGACGGAUUCGAUGAUCGUCGCAACAGAAGCCAUUAGAGUCGCUCAAGCUGUCGAGAUCCAGGCUAUAGAGGCGCGCAGCAGUGACGACGCUUCAAUUAUAUCUCAGAACAUAAAUUCUGACGCGUUGUUAGAAGAUGUUGUUGCGCCUUCUGCAAUGGAAUCUGUCUUGUCCUUGUCAACCAGUUUGAACGAUGAAAAUAACCAGCGUGGACACCAGAAAAGAGUAAUGGAAUGUCGACACACUCGCCACAUUCCUACGAUGGUUCGUCGAGCUCUGGGCGAACAAGAAAUGUCCGACGUUAACGGAACAAAUGGCUCUAGUAGUUUGGCCAGCUCCUGUCACAGUAAUCUCGAGAACGUCGUGCCUCCUGCGUUUAUGGAGGCGGAUGACAUGGAGAGCUCUAUGAUCAGCGUCGCCUCCAUCACGAGUGAAGUGGCUGAUCCUCGUCACAGCCCUCCCAGCCUCAAUUCUUCUAUUCCAUCAGAAGCGAUGGCUGCCAUCGAAGCUCCCGCUCAUCAGCUUGCCCGACUCUUCAGCAAGGAAGCGAGACAACAAAUGAGCAGUGUUACUCUUACUGCCGGCGAUGAGACGUCAACUUGCCAAGAAGUUACUGAACUUGAUAAAGAUACUUUAGGACAUCAUGACCCAGCUACUGACACUGAAUUAGCAGUGGACGAUAUUCCUCAUGACAUUCCGGAUUUACCUCAAGAUUCUCCCUUACAUAAAGCAAGGCAUUCACCACAAAUUACUCCGAGCAUGUUGAGGAAAGCAGUUCACAACGACAGAUUUCGGACCUUCACAAAAACAGAGAGACAAACCGUCCAGACCUCAAGUAUGGGCGAUUCCAGAAAGGCUGGGGGCGCAUCUGCUCCUGGGAGUGGACCGACUCCGAAUGACCGAAGAUCCGAGCACAGUGAACGCUACCAACCACGUGUCCCUGCUAAUGGCGAAGGCGUCGACAUGGACUCCCCGACUACACCAACAGUAGAGAACCCUCCUUGCCCUCCCUCGCAGAGGCGAUCACUACGAGAAAAGCGGCAAAACAAUCCCGCCAGGUAUCAAACUCGCACAAUUGAGAGCAGUGUAGAUCCUUUUCAAUGCCAAGAAGAUGGUAUGAUAGAUUUUAGAGAUGGUGCGGAGCUUGACCUGACCUCAGAACAACUUGAGGCGCUGAGCCAAGAUGCAAAUAUUGUGAUUUGUACGCUCAACGAAAAUCGAGAGGCCAACACUGCUGAUUUAAUGCAUGGCUUAUCACAAGAAAAUAUGUUAGACAUCGAGACGCUGAGUCUCAUAUCGAGUGACGAAGACGAUAACACAUUCGAUGUUAAUUCUCCCACGAGCCCAGCUCUGCCUUCGAGACCCCGUAUCGUUAAGCCUGGAGAAGAGCAUCACGCUGAUGGAGACGAAGAUGAAGCUGCUGGCAAAGGCAUUCGUGGAAAGCGAAAAGCCCUUUAUCCUGGUGUCAGCAAAGCUUUAGCCACAGUACGUCCCACGCAGCAACAGCAAGCAGGAUCUGCCAACACUCGUGCCGUCCCAACACCCGCAACAGCUUUCAAACCAACCCCGCGAACUCAGAACUUAACAGCCACACAAAAGUUUCUUCCUGCGGUUCAACCAAAACAAGUUUCAAACCAGCCACCGCCACAAGCGCUAGUUCAACCUGGCUCCCCGAAGUUACCGCGCGCUACUCGGGCGUCGGCUCUGCGACAGAAAGUUGGUCGAGUGGGUGGCAGCAGCAGCAGUUCGUCUCCAGCGUCCAGCGCUGGCUCCAGCCCUCGCAUGGGCGCAACCCCUAAAACUCGUCAGCCACCUCAAGCUCAUGCCACAGCUUUUGGCCUCAAGAGGCAAAACACAUUCACUAAAGAUGAUCAGGACGAAGAAGUUCAGUCCAAGUCUGCUGCCAAGCCAAAAUUUAGGCGCGACAUGAUACAACCGAGUCCUGCAGUAAGCAUGAGGCCCUUAUCUCGACCCUCCAGUCAAGACGGGUCACAUGGAAGCGAGCAUUCGAAGUCUUAUAGCCUGACGCGUAAUGUGCGACCUCCCACAGUCAACGACAUGGCUGAGUGGAACAAAGAUCCCAAAAGUGGCAAACCCGUUAAGAAAGACGUAACAAGUAGAAUAGCUAAUUUGUGGAAGAAAGUAGAAAAAGCGCAAGCAACAGCUAAACCCAGGGAAAAUGAUGGUAAAAUCUGGAUUUCCAAAUCGAAAAAUAAAACCCCAGCCUUAGAUUCUCCUCCGCCUUUAUUAAGGAGCUCGACGUAUGAAAAAUUAACAGUUGGCGGGGAUUCUCGAUCGGACUCGGAACGAGCAGACUCUGGAAAAUCGAAAACUCGUCUGGGUCUGAAACUUUCUAGAUUCCGGGGCCGCGAUUCAAAGAGCUCACCUCCCUCGGAAGUGAGCACCCCCGUGGACAGAAGCGGAGCGUCCACACCAAAAGGACGAAGCUCAGCCCCGCUUGGUGACGGCAGAGGUCUGUCAUUCACCACCAUGGAUGGUGAAGAGGAUGGAGCUUCCGCCGGUGUCCUCAGAACACCGCAGUCUGCCGUCGUGUCACCAUUUAAUUAUCAACCUCCGGACUCGCCUUCGUCUUUUGGUACGCCAAAGAAUCUUGAUCCCGAUGACAAAGGCUCUCCUUCAUCAGGCAGCACUCGAAUACCUCUGCCCAAAUCUGCGCUGAUGAGCAACAACCCUCGGGACGACAACGGCAACGCUCCGUAUGUCUGAUGCCCGCACGCUCCAUGAUCUUCGUUUCGGACUAAUCCUUUAAUCCUUACAAUUUCUAUCGGUAACUCAUUGACUAUGUUAUUCUUAAUUACGGUAAAUGUUUACAUGUUGUAUUUAUUUCCUGACGGAAGAAAAAGUAUUCGAGGUAUUUAGCAUAAGUAAAUUUGUUAUAUUCAGUCUCGUAUAGCUGCGGUUUUGAAACGGUGCUGCUCUGAGGGUCUCGUUGGCCUCUAUAUUCUAGUCUCUCUUAAGGUUUACUUUCCCAGCACUCGUCUCGAUGAACCUAUGAAAAUGAUAUGAAACAUUUAAGACUGUAACAUUAAUGGAUAGUGUAAUAGCCAUUACUGUAUUUUACAACUCAUGAUCACUUAAAUUUAAUUGAUUUCUACUGACAUAGACAGAUCCCAGUUUAGUUGCUAUCGUGUAUAAAGCUUUUGUAUGUCUAUAGCUAUUAAGCGCUCGUAGUGACUAUCUAUUAUUUCUAUUCGUCUAUACAAAGCUGUCACUUGUUCAGUCGAGUGCGUAGUUUCGUCUCCAUAAGACUCAAAUGAUUUAACAAUUUCAUAUAGUGAACUUUCGUCUGAGCUUUCAUAUUUCGUUUUAACAUGUUCACAUUCUGUCCUUUAAUUUAUCGAGUCUCUCUCCUAAUAAAUGUUCUGUUUUUUUCCCUUAUGCGGAAUGUUCGCCACGUCUAAGCUCUUGGUACUAAGUUAUCUAUAGGUUAUCCCUCUUAAUUUUUCUUCUUAGACGUUUGUCUCUUUCGUGUUGUAUUGCUGUAAAGAAAUAAUUGUAUGUUUAUUUUUUUACCUUCCAGCCCUUAUCCCUAAUUGGAGGCCACGUCUACCACAUUUCUUCUUGCAGGAACAAUUCGCGGUAAAAAAUCAGGAACAAUUCAUCAAAAAAAAAUAGUAGACCUAAUAUCAUUGAUCGCAACGUCUCUCUCUCUUAUUCGUGUUUGGAGACAUUAGCAGCGAUGUUGGGACAUUAAUAAUACAAAAUCAUUGAACAUUUCAUGACAAGUGUGGAAUGUAAGCUUAGAACGUAAUAAUAGUAAGUACUAUAUGUAAAUUACUAAAUAACUCAUUGCAGCUCAUAAUCGAUGUAUUAAUCAAGAUAUUGCUAUGAAUACCUCGUGUAACUUAUGUUUCACUCAUUACGUUUCCAAAUCCAUCUUAAUACUCAAUAUUACUCAUUAGACAUUGAAGCCAACAACCCACAACCAAUUACCUGUUUUGGUCUGAUAAGUGAUCGAGUUCUCUACAUGUCCUGUCUCGUACUUACGGAUGCCAUUUCGUUCAGUAUUUUAUUUUGGCGAGAAUGGAUCAAUAGUCGUGCUCAGUUUAAUUUAAUCUCUGAUCUCUUACUCGUACUGUCAAAACUGAACUCAGCUUUUUAUUGUAACUGCUUUUGUCUUACGGUUAGGAGCUCUCUUUUAAAAGUAGUCUGAGGCACUAGCAUAUUAUUAUUAUUAUUAUUAAUUACUACUCUACUGAUUACUUAUGAUUCUCUACAUACCAUUGUAUUAUCGGCGUGGCUGUAUGCUAGGGACGACUGUUGAUUUGAUGCGUCUAUACACAAGACGCAAUUUUCAAUCCUUCAACACGUCUGAUCACAAUAUAUCCUUCUAAGGCUUCCUCACCAGGAUAAUUCGAUUGUAUCACCAACGAUAUGAUAUAUCAGCGCCGUAUUAAUGCAUCCUUUGUAUAACCCGUUGAAAUUCAUGGAACCUUGUAAAUUCCUCAUAAGAGUUGUCCCCGAAUGCAUGUGAAUAUCAGACCCUCUAUGUCACUAGCCCCUGCAGUCGGAAAUUCGUGCCUCUGGUCUAAGAUGUUCUUGUAACCAGUAGCGUAUAAUUGCCCAUCCUAAAUCAUUUCCAAUAAAAAUCUGGUCAA